CUUCAACAGGAUGCCCGUACAUGGAACUCGGACUUUAAAACCAUGGUUUGCAGAAGUAAUAUGGGAAUGGAAAAACUACUAGUGAUAUUCACAUUUGUUUAUUAGAUUAAUUGUUAAUUAGAUACAAUUAAGAUAACUUGAUCUCAUGCAAAUAAGACCACUAUACUUCCCUGUGAGUUACUGCAGAUUUAAAAAAACAACAAUUCAUUUAAUCCAGACAGGACACAUUUAGCAUAUCGCAAACUGGCUGCUGCUUGAGGAAAUGCACCAAGCUUCCUCAGCACCAAGCACAGAAUAGCUGCUAAUGCACUGUGUUCUUCAUGAUAUUGAGUCCCUGUACUUGUGCGCAUAUUGAGCAUAUUCAGUUUUAUCUCCUUUCUUCUGGGAAUAUUGUAACAUCAAGUGUAUCUUUUUUUGGGUCAUAAACAAGCAUGCAUGUGUUAAAUUAGUGACUAGAAACAGUCCAUACCUCACCAAUGCAAAACAGUACAGUGGUGCAUCACAGUGCAUCAGUACAGUACAGUACCUGAUACUCACCAUGAGGGAAGGAAACUGGAACAAAACACUCAUUACACAGUGAGUCACAGAAAAAUGUGAGACAUCCCACAGAUAGAAACGGGUGACAGCAGGGGGGAGAUAAUUGAUAAUUGGAAUAGUUACAAUUACAGUUAAACUGUAGAAAAUAUUGUUCUUGCAACUGCAUUGUUUGGCACAAAUAUAGCUUAAUCAUUUCAUGUGAAAUGCUUCUUCAGUACACUUUAAGAACAAUUAUUACUGGGACCACUAAAGAAGAUUGUAGAUUCACAUUAUAGGCACUACUACCGCUGACAAUACUUUGUCCAGCCAUAUACUUGGUUUUUACCUCCUCCUGUUGACAGACAGCUGCAGUUAUUGGGUCCAAUGAAAUGCUUUUGUAGAUAAUAAUUAAUAUGGUGUAAGUAAAUGUGUCUUGUUUAGUGUCUGUCACCCAACUUCACUUCACUGUUAGAACAUUUAGCUUUAUGUUGACUCUGGGAGCACAGCAGGAUGAAAUUUGACAGCAUACUUUCAGAAAUUAAUGGAUUUGGAAAAUUCCAAAUCAAGCUAAUCUUGAUUCAGAUGCUCUCUCGCAUUACUCUACCAUGUCACUUCCUGCUGAAUAACUUCAUGGCAGCUGUUCCCUCUCACCACUGUAACAUCACUGCUCUGGAUGAUGGAGCCAUCUUUGGGAAUUUAACUCAGGAACAGAAACUGGUUGUUGGUAUUCCAGCAGAGUGGGAUGGCUCUCCGAGCUCUUGUCAGAUGUUUUCGAACCCCCAGUAUCAAUAUCUGUCAGGCUCCAACAGUAGUGAGGAUACAUUUACUGUUCAGUGUCAGAACGGAUGGGUGUAUGACAACAGCACAUUUAAAUCUACUUUGGCAACAGAGUGGGAUCUUGUGUGCAGCAGAAAAGGGCUGAACAAGGCAACAGCCACCAUUUUCUUCAUUGGGGUUAUGGUGGGUGCCCCUUUAUUUGGGUUUCUCAGUGACAGGUUUGGCCGACGGAAACUGCUUUUGGUGUCUUAUUUGUCAUCCAUGAUGUUUGCCGUCCUAAGUGCGUUCUCCCCAUCGUACAUAAUGUUUGUCAUCAUGAGAUUUUUUACGGGGAUGUCACUUGUAGGAAUAAGUAUCAUCUCUAUUGUGCUAAAUGUUGAAUGGUUCGGCAUUGAACACAGGACCUUUUCUGGUGUGAUUAUAAGCUUGGAUUGGACACUUGGAAACUGGGUUCUGGUUGGAAUUGCAUAUUGUAUUAAUGAAUUUCGGAUGCUCAUCCUGGUAGCGACCUCACCACUGAUACUGGCCGUCAUGGCUUGGAGGUGGCUUCCAGAGUCUGCGAGGUGGCUCUUGGCAAACGGGAAAGCAGAUGCUGCACAUCAUUACAUAAUGAAAUGUGCUGAGAUGAACAACAGGACCAAGUGUAUGGACGCGAUCACACCAAUGGCAUUACUGGAAUCUGUACAGGAUGAAACUACAGAUAAGAAGUACACUAUUGUAGAUCUUUUCAAGACCCCAAAUAUUAGGAAACUUUCUAUAUGCUCAGGGAUAGUAUGGUAUGGAGUUGCAUUUACAUAUUAUGGGAUAAGUCUGAAUAUCACUGGGUUUGGACUAAACCCGUACCUCACCCAAUUUAUCUUUGCAUCCAUCGAAAUGCCAAUGAAGAUUGGUGUGUAUGUCUUCCUGGAAAAAUUUGGCAGAAAGCCUGGUGAGAUGGGAGCCCUGCUGUUGACUGGUCUCUGUCUCUUCAUCAACAUAUUUGUUGGAAAAGAUAAGUGGAUUAUUCGUACUGUUGUGGCAGUCCUUGGAAAAGCCCUGUCAGAAGCCUCAUUCACAAUCAUGUUCCUUUUCACGACUGAAUUCUUUCCUACAGUCGUACGACAGAACGGUUUAGGCUACACCUCGUUUCUGGCACGGCUGGGUGUGUCCAUAUCUCCGCUCAUCAUGCUAUUGGAGGAUGUGUGGCAUCUCCUCCCUGCAGUCACUUACUGUGCAGUGGCAAUUGGGUCUGGUUUAGUGACUUUCCUUCUGCCUGAAACAUUAAAUACCAGACUGCCAGAGUUAAUCGAGGAUAUUGAGAAACCGAGGGUACAGUCAACAAGGAGGAAGGACAUUCAAUAAAAAUCACACUUAUUGAUAAUGAGAACUUGCCCUCUAUAUAUUUGUUAUGGAAUGUUUGUUAAAUUUUAAUAAUUGGAGAUUAUUUGAUUUUAACAAUAAAUAAAAAAAUCCCAAUAAAUAAUGAAACCAACAGUUAGAAGGUAUUAACAAAUCCAAAGGUGUAUUGUCUAAAUAAUUUAGUCUGGCAACAGCAGAACAACAGUGGAAGAAACCCAAGAGCAGACAAUUGUAGCUGGAAAUAAAGUUUUAGUAAAAGAGAAAAUGGCUAUUGGUUUUAUUGAAAUUAUACAUUUUAUGGUGACAUACUGGUUUAAGUCUUAUUAUGUCCUGCUGUCGUGGCUCAGGGUAUAUGGGACAGCCCAGUAAUAUACUGGUGAUCUGCAAAGGAUAAGCACUUAUAAAUGAUGGAUGUAUGAAGGAGUUGGUUUCAUUUGCUUGCCAAAGUAUUGGACAAAAUGAAAACUUUAAGGUAUAUUGUUGUGUUUAAGUACUCUUUCAUAUUUAUAGUACUGUGUGUAUAUUCAUUAGUAUGCUGUGAUGAAUGUUGUCUGUCCUGCACCAUGAACAAGUUCUGUUGUUUAUUGU